AUGGCCUCCGCGAUCACCGUGACAUACGAACUGCAUCCGCCCUCAGAUACGCCUGCAGCGGGCCUCGAGACAACCAAAACGCAUACAUUUCCUGUAGGGAAUGCACUGGUGGGCAAACAGUACUAUGACGUACUGAGAAAUGCCAUAGCGGAGGCGAAGAAUACCCUCGGAGAGGAGUUGACCGCUUGGAGAGACGCGGUGGGAAACAGGGAGCAAGUUCAAGAGAGCAGGCUAUCCCAAAAUUACGACGAGGAUGAGGACGGUGAAGAUGAAGAAGCAGAUGAGUAG